AUGGAGUGCAGGAAGUUCCAGAUUGCCAUUCUUUCAGCUCAAGGUCUUGAGAACGUCCGAGAAAUAUUCAGAAUGAAAGUCUACGCCCAGCUUUCAAUCCCCGGCAAUCCCCAAAUAAAGAGAGAAACCCCAGUGGACACAGAGGGGGAGACCAACCCCGCAUGGAACUCCACCAUUAGAUUCACAAUAGGCAAUCAGGCAGUCGAACACCAAGGCGUCGUGUUCGUCAUCAAGCUAUACUGCAGCCGGGCCCUAGGAGACCGGUACAUCGGUGAGGUGAGCCUAUCUUUCAAGGACCUGUUUGAUGGUGCCGCACCCACCAGCCAAGGCCGCAGCAGCGGUAUUGUAAGUUACCCAGUGAAAAAGGGUGGAGCGGAUUCACAGGGGGUAUUGAACUUUUCAUACUCUUUUGGGGAUAUAGUGAUGGUUAAGAAACCAUCCCUUUUCUCGACCAGAAAUUUGGCAGUUGCAGUUAACGGCGUCGCUAAUUUCCAAAACCCCGACUUUUGCUCUGUGGAGUGGGAAACGGAGAUUAUGAAUUUCAGACGACGUCGAAUUCUGCCACAACAGAAUGAAACGGCGGCGUUGCUGACUUGCUACAGUGUUUUCUGA